AUGUCUGCCUUUGCUAUCUCUGCUUCAAAACCGAUCAUAGGGACUCUGGAGGAUGAAGGAGAGAUCUCGUCUGUCGACUUUACACUCCCAGAAUAUCACCGCGACGGGUCCUUGCGCCUUGCCAAGUACGCAUACCGCGUACAUACUCCAGAAGCAAAAGAGUCGACAGUCUGGAGAAAUGAUAAAGAACUGAUAAGCCUUGGCGAAGGCUACAAAAUUCUCAAAGUUAAAUACUGUGGAAUAUGUUCAACAGAUUUAAGUAGGCGUUGGCUACCUUAUCCCCUACCACAGAUAACCGGACAUGAAGUUGUAGGAUUUUACAAAUCAAAGCCGGUUGUUAUUGAAAUAAAUGCGUCACACAAAGCCCGUGGCAUCGCAAUUAUCCCUUGUGCAUUUUGUUCAUCUGGGUUAGAGACUCAUUGCCCAGAUCGUAUGACUCUGGGUAUUAAUCAAUUGCCAGGAGGCUUAUCGCCUUAUGUUAUUGUCCCUAAAAACGCCAUUAAAUAUGUACCUGAGAAUCUGAGCCUGAUGGCUGCAGUUCUAACAGAACCCUUUGCUGCUGCUCUGCAUGCCGUAGAAACUACACCACCUAAAGAAGGCAAUGAAGUGGCAGUGAUAGGUCCGCGUAAACUUGGAAUGCUUGUGCUUGCUGCAUUAUAUGCCUAUAAAAACAAACACAAGCUUAAUUUCACAACUACGGCCAUAUUCCACAAGCCAAAUACGCCCCAAGAGCUUAUUUCUCUGGCCAAGAAACUCGGAGCUGAGACCGAUUUCUCAUCCACAAUGGGGGAAAGAAAGUUCGAUCUCUUGUUUGAUACUUCGGGCUCGCCGGAAGGGUUUCUGCGCGCGAUUGAUUCAAGUCGUGGUAUUCUUCAUCUCAAAUCGACGCAUGGACAGCAAGUGUGCGGCUUAAAACGGAUGACCGAUUUUGUUGUCGACGAGCUUGCUCUAAUCAGAUUCAGCGAAGAUAAUCUUAGUUUCUCGUGGCCAAACGAGGUUACUCGUAGACAUAAUCAUAAUGUCUUGGUUUCUUCCAGCGUUGCAGGAGAAGUAUGUCGCAGGAUAGAGGAGACGGGACGUAACGUAUUUAUGAUGACGCCUGAUGAAGCUGUCAUAUUUGUUGACAAUUGGAUGAGUCAGCUUCGAGAGGGAAAAGUAGAUGAUGAUCGACUGUUGUUGUCUCCCGUGCCUAGAUUUGAUUUAGCGGUCAUAGGACAACUUGAAGAGUUGGAUCGAGUCGUAAGAUCGAUGGAAACGUCGAUCCUUCGUCCUCGCGGUGCAAUUUUGUACGCGCCUACAUCGAAUAUAGAGACCAAUGCAAUAACAAAAGCUCUCGUUGAGGAUAACAUUACGAUUUGGUCUACUCGCUGCGGAAACUUGGAAAAGGCAUUGGAAGUACUAUCAUCCGACACUGAGCUGGCUACUGUGCUCGAAAAACACAUGAUUACUCACAAAGUAAACCUUAGAGAUCUUGCCAAUGGUUUUGAAAUGGCAUCAAACACAGUUGACUCUGACAAUCCUGUGAUAAAGGUCGUAGUCGACGUAGAAAUUUGA